GGGGCGAACUUCCUCGGCGCUCCGAUCGGUUGCAGCCGGGCAGCACCAAUAUAGACUAACUAUGUUAGCGCAUUCCCGAUGUCUUUGCCGGACACUUGGUCGCUCCCUGUCGGCGCUGAGCCAGGGUAACAAUGUGUUGUUUCGACGAAGUUUAUCUGGCCUUUCUGUCUGCAACUGGAUUGUUUACAGGAACACUCGGUCAUGUGAAUCUGCUUCAUCAGCUGGUGUCUUCCACAUCAGAUACUUCAAAACAUCUGCUGCCCGCAGGGAUGAAGUACUCACCGUCAAAACACCUGCAUUUGCAGAAUCUGUCACAGAGGGGGAUGUGAGGUGGGAGAAAGCUGUGGGCGACUCAGUGAGUGAAGAUGAGGUGGUUUGUGAAAUUGAGACUGACAAGACCUCAGUACAAGUGCCGUCUCCUGCGGCUGGUGUGAUCGAGGAACUCCUGGUGCCCGAUGGAGGGAGGGUGGAAGGAGGAACUCCCCUUUUCAAACUUCGAAAAGGGGCUGGUGCUGCCAAAGCUGCCCCUACCCCAGCUGCAGAAGCCCCUGCUGCAGCCGCUGCAGCCCCUCCUCCACCCACACCUCCCCCCACCGCUACUCCCAUCCCUACUGCCAUGCCUCCAGUCCCCCCAGUGCCAGCACAAGCUGCUGAGGCCAAACCAGUCUCUGCCAUAAAGCCCACUUCUGCAACUCCAGCUCCAGCAUCUGUCCCUUCAGCAGCAGGAACCAGGGGAGAAAAUAGGGUGAAGAUGAACCGUAUGAGGCUGAGGAUUGCCCAGAGGCUGAAGGAGGCGCAGAACACCUGUGCAAUGCUCACCACCUUCAAUGAGGUUGACAUGAGUAACAUUCAGGAGAUGAGGAAAAUCCACAAAGAUGCCUUCCUAAAGAAGCACACCAUCAAGCUAGGCUUUAUGUCUGCGUUUGUGAAGGCUGCUGCACACGCUCUGACUGACCAGCCUGCAGUCAAUGCUGUUAUUGAUGAUACUACCAAAGAGAUUGUGUACAGGGAUUAUGUUGACAUUAGCGUGGCUGUGGCUACUCCAAAGGGACUUGUCGUACCAGUGAUCCGUAACGUUGAGACCAUGAACUUUGCUGACAUUGAGAAAACCAUUAACGCGUUGGGAGAAAAGGCUCGUAAAAAUGAGUUGGCUGUUGAGGAUAUGGAUGGAGGUACCUUCACCAUAAGUAACGGAGGAGUGUUUGGUUCCAUGUUUGGGACACCCAUCAUCAACCCCCCGCAGUCUGCCAUCCUGGGCAUGCAUGGCAUCUUUGACAGGCCUGUUGCAAUCAAUGGCCAGGUUGAGAUCCGGCCCAUGAUGUACGUGGCACUGACAUAUGACCACCGACUCGUUGACGGUAGAGAGGCGGUCACCUUCCUGCGCAAGAUCAAAGCAGUGGUAGAGGACCCACGAGUGAUGCUCCUGGACAUGUGAAAUGCCAACCACAACUAUGGUCUCUUUUAAGAUGGCUUGCCCGUAUAGAAUGGUCCACACACACAUUCAAAAGAAGAACCGCACAAGAAAUGCCUAUAAACCAUUGUCUGCUUUUAAGUGUUUGAUUGGAAGCGACUAUUGGGAGAUUUGAACAAUGGUCACUGAAAAUCAUGUGAAGCUUAAUUGAAGUUUGUCUGAAGACAUUUUCGUGUAAACUUUCUAUGAGCCCAUAAAUAGGGCUUACAUGCCCUUUGGUUAAACCAACCACACCACAAAGAUUUCUUACUUGUCCAUUUCUGAGGCUUGCACAUUCAAUAUGAAAUGUAACAGUUGGUUCAUAUAGUCUUUUUUUUUCAACUCUAAUCCCUCUGUUUUAGUAAUUUCAGCUUCAGUUAAAACAUGCAAAAGAAACACGUCAUGUUUUAAAUCCUUUGUAUAUGUUGCAGCUCUUGUGACUAGAACAUGAAUCUCUAGAUGCCAUACAGACAGCCAUAAACAUGUUGAAACUAGCAUAUGUUAUGUAACGAUAGCUUUGUGCUGCUCUGAUGAGAAUAGGAAUCGGACAGACACCAACUACACCCUUGUCAUGGUUGUGUACCUUGAGUUUCGGAGGGAUGGAGAUGGCGGUCUGAUCGCUGAUCUCUUCCGUGCUUGCCAGUAGUCCAUAUGAGGCACUUUUUCCACAGCAGGGCCAAGUUGAGCUUGCUCAAACUAGUUCAAGAUGUUUCUACAUUAACACAGGACUGAAAGUAUUCCUUAAUUUAUUCAGAAGUCUAGCUGAUCAUCAUUGCUGGCAGCAAGAUGUAAGAAAAGGAUCACAGCACUUUUUGGUUUGGUUUGUGUUUGGUGGGGUGGGGUGCAAAACAGUGAGUGACUUCAUUAUUGCACCCUGAUUAACCCCUUGGUAGAAAUCAGGCUUUUGUGUGGAAGACAUUUCUACCAGCUUUAUGUUUUUAAAUUUGUGUUAGAAUUAGAAAAACCUUCUUUGAUUUAAUGAGCAUAGUCAUAUUUGUGGCUGGUAGUCAUUCUGUUUUCUGUCUCGGCAUCAGCCACCAUUUCUGAAGUGACAGUCCAGUAAACAUAAAAAUGCUAACUCUGAAAAUGUUGAUCAAAAAAACGUGUCCCAAUACAUAAACUCACUGUUCAUCAGUAGAGGCUAUACAUGACCACAUGCUUGUCUUGGUCAGAUUUUUUUUUUUUUUUUACAAUAAUCAGCAAUAUAUGUAAUGUGGAGGGAGUCAUAUUCAAGACGCACAAUUUUUCAGCAUGUAUUUUCUCUUGAUCUCUCCAAUACCUGGGGAACAGAUUGUCAAUCUACUAUAUACAUGUAUGUAUUUAAAAACAGUUUUGAACAUUAAACAUCCUAGAGCUUUAUGUACUUUAGCUUUUAUUGAAUGUUUCUUUGUCAGAGUGGUAUAAACAUCGGCUGUCGGUCUUUUCAGUCCCUGGAAAUGCACCACAGCAGCGGUCCGUGUAGCUCGGUGUGUUGGAGAAACCGCACAGUCA